UGUAUGGGUGAUACGGCAACUAAGCUAUUUUUGAGCAGCCAUGGCAACUAAGCCGAUCUAGCACAAAAAGGUUAGAAAAACACAAUUCAGACACACUAUCAGCUCAAAAUCUUGUUAAGAAGACACAAAAAAGUUGGAGGUUUGAUUUGGGGAUUGGUCAAUUUAUUAUGGGGGAUAACUAUGAGACACCAAAUAUUGUGAAUCUUGAUUUGAAUGUGAGACCAGAUGUUCAGUCUUCACCUGAAAAUGAGCCGGGACCAGAAUUGUUGUCCCAUGUGUCAAUGAACUUGGAGGACUUUUUAGAUGGGCCUGUUCAUAGACUUAGAGAUGCUGGUAGACAGAGGAGGCAACGGUGGCGAUCACUUCGGAGACAAAUUUUUGUUCCACCUGAAACAAGGAACAUGGCUAUGGAAGUGUGGAUGGGAAUGCAAAUCGGUGAGGGUAGUGUUGCUGCUGAGGAAAGGCCUACUGAGGCUGCCAAAGUGUGUGAUGAUAAUAAUCUGUUGGAACGUGAGGCCUUGGGAAAGAAGGAAGAUGAUCAAAGGGGUAAUGGCAAUGAGGGUAGCUUUUUUGAUUGUAGUAUAUGCUUGGACUUGGCUAGGGACCCAGUUGUGACUUGCUGUGGUCACUUGUUUUGUUGGCCUUGCAUUUACCGAUGGUUACAUGUUCACUCAGAUGCCAAAGAAUGUCCUGUUUGCAAGGGAGCGGUGACAAUUAAAAAUGUGACUCCGAUUUAUGGCCGUGCGAAUAAUUCGCAUGAGCCAGAGCUGGAUUCGAACACUAAGAUUCCUCAUAGGCCGCAAGCACGGAGGGUCGAGAGCUGGAGGGAAACUAUUCAAAGGGCUGGUUCCACUGUUCCAAUGGAGGAAAUGAUUCGACAUCUUGGCAGAAGAUUUGAUUGGACCCAGGAUUUGAUGCAAGUUGAGCCUCAGAAUCCUGAUGGUCCCUUAGAAUCACCAGAGAGAAGUAGCUCAUUUGUCAACCGGUAUCUGACUACUAGAGGAAUGCACGGAGAACAGAAUAUGGCUGUCCCACCUGACGAUCUAGUUGACUUAACCCAAAGCAAUCCUACUAAUUUUGGGAUGGGAGAAAAUCGCAGUCUUUCAUCCCCUUUGUAUCGAAGACCACAUUUACAUAGAUCUCCUGCUGUCUCUAACCUUGUUGCACUGAGUUCUGAUGAAAGGUUAACUUUGCCGUAUCUCCAUGCUAGUCUUUUAGGAAGAAAUCAAGAGCAGCCUCCACCUACUGAUAAUAGAGAGAGUCUGUCAAGCAUCGCGGCUGUUAUUCUCUCAGAGAUUCAAACAUUAGAUACUGCUGGUGAAAUAGAUUCUAGAUUGUCAUUUUCUACUUCAUCACCCAGAAGAAGAAAUGAUUCUUUGAGGGUUUCGGAGGGGGACAGUGUAGAUUCUCGUGCACCUAGGAGAAGGAGAUUUAACUGAAUUCAGCUCCCACCCUUUAUUUUCACACUUCAUUUUCACUUAAAGUUGCAAUUCCCACUGCCUUCUGAAGCGAAGAUUGCCUUUGUAUAUAAGCUUCAUUCUGGAAAGAUUUCAAGGUUGAUACAGUGAUUGAUCAUGAGGUAUUUUAUAACAUCUUUAUGUUUUGCUGCUUACGGAAUGCCAUUUGUUAUACUUCUUGUGCUUCUUUAAUUGGUUCAUGCUUUCAAUUUGUAAGUCAAAUCAAUUUCAUAUUGGAGCUAUGAGGCCAACUUUCUAGUUGCCUCUAUAAAUGAUAACUCUGCAAGCUUCAGCUAUGUUUGUAUAUUGGUCGUUCCCUCAAUGAUUUU